GCCUAUUGAGAUGCCAAUUAUUACACUGUACGAAGUACCAAGUGUAGGUGCGCUGUCAUUUUCGACAUCUUUUUUGUAUCACCAUAUCUUUACGAUAGCUCGAGAGACUGUGGACUGCGGAGUAAAUUUAGUGAAGUGUGAGCUAUUUCCAGAGAAUGUGGCGACAGUGUAGGAGAGUGAGCAGCACCACUUCUACUGCCAACUCCGACCUCUUGUUGAAGGACAAGAAAUGGGACGCUCUGGUGAUUGGCGGUGGCCAUAAUGGCUUAACUGCCGCCGCAUACCUCGCUCGCUCCGGCCUCUCCGUCGCCGUUCUCGAGAGACGCCACAUCAUCGGCGGUGCUGCCGUCACCGAGGAGAUUGUUCCCGGCUUCAAAUUCUCCCGUUGUAGUUACCUUCAAAGUCUCCUCCGCCCCUGUGUCAUCAAAGAACUAGAGCUGAAGAGACACGGGUUAAAGCUAUUGAAGAGAAAUCCGUCAUCUUUCACGCCAUGUCGCGAUGGACGCUAUCUCCUGCUUGGUAGCGAUAAACAACAUAACUAUUCCGAAAUUUCUAAGUUCUCAGAACGUGAUGCCAAGACUUUUCCCAGAUACGAAAAUCAGCUGGACAAAUUUUGCAAAUUUUUGGAUCCAAUUUUAGAUUCUUCUACACCUGAGACUCUUCAAGGAAAUUCAUCUUUUAAUGACCGACUUCAUAAUAAGAUAGAAAGAUCAGCAUUUUGGUCUCGCUGUCUACGACGUGCACUUCCAUUGGGACAAAACGAUAUGAUGAAUUUUAUGGAUCUUUUACUCUCUCCAGCAUCCAAGAUUCUAAAUAACUGGUUUGAGAGUGAUAUUCUGAAAGCAACUCUAGGAACUGAUGCAGUUAUAGGGACCACAGCAAGUGUGCAUACACCUGGAAGUGGAUAUGUCUUGCUACAUCAUGUGAUGGGGGAAACUGAUGGUGACCGUGGUAUUUGGUCGUACGUAUUUUUGGAGACAAGACAACAUAACUGCACAAGAAGAUUAUGUCAAACAUGUAUGUUGAAGGAGGAAUGGGCUCAGUGUCAUUGGCCAUGGCUGGUGCUGCUAGAGAAGCUGGGGCAACCAUACUGACCGGUGCAGAGGUCUCAAAGUUGAUAGUUGACAAUACUGGUAGAGUAACUGGGGUGUUGUUGGCUGAUGGAACACCUGUUUAUUCUUCAGCAGUCUUGUCAAAUGCAACCCCUUACAAGACUUUUGUGGAUCUUGUACCAGAAGAUGUGCUUCCUGAAGAUUUCCUCCGGGCAAUAAAGCUAUCUGAUUACAGCUCUGCAACUACCAAAAUCAAUUUGGCGAUUGACAGAAUCCCACAGUUCCAGUGUUGCAAUUUAGGAUAUCCUGAUGCCGGGCCUCAACAUUGUGGCUCCAUUCACAUUGGCUGUGAGAAUUUCAAGGACAUGGCCUCUGCUGCACAGGAUUCUGAAAAUGGAUUACCGUCUCAAAGACCUAUUAUUGAGAUGACGAUACCUUCUGUCUUUGACAAAACCAUUUCUCCUCCUGGAAAGCAUGUUGUUGGUUUAUUUAUCCAGUACACACCAUACAAACCGUCAGAUGGAAGCUGGGAAGAUCCUACGUACAGAGAAGCAUUUGCAAAGAGAUGCUUCAGCCUAAUAGACGAAUAUGCUCCUGGAUUCAGCUCGUCUAUUAUUGGUUAUGACAUGCUUACUCCACCAGAUCUUGAAAGAGAGAUUGGCCUGACAGGAGGGAACAUAUUCCACGGUUCAAUGGGGUUAGAUUCUUUGUUUCUCAUGAGACCAGUAAAAGGAUGGUCAAAUUAUAGAACUCCACUUCAAGGUUUAUAUUUGUGCGGGAGUGGGGCCCAUCCUGGCGGGGGAGUAAUGGCAGCCCCUGGACGCAAUGCUGCACAUGUGGUCAUUGAAGACUUCAAAAAUCAUUAACUCAAGCUGAUCCAGUAUUGACCAGGUUACUUUAACAGGAAAUGAAAAUCAGCGCGCUUAUUCCCAGUUUGAGCAUCCCUGGGAUUCCGUGAUGCAUUAGUUACAGGAGGUUAAGAGUUUAUAUGGAGAACUAUGUCCCCAAUCCCCUUAGUUGAGUGCAUCUACAUCAUAAGAUGCAUCGAGUAAGUUACUGCAAUUCAUUGACAUUUUAGUGUUAUUUGUGCCACUAAGUCACCAACCCCAACCAGUUUGAAUGAUGAUGAUGCAUGCAAUGCAAUUGCUGAGAAUCCAUCUAUUCUCAAUUAAGUAUCCAUGACUUUGAAGGUUAUAUAAGUUAUGUGUGAUAAUUUGACAAUCAUACAUUCAUACCC